AAAAAGAAGAAAAAAGAGCGAGAUCGGCUUGAACCUCACCCAGUUCUCAUUCCUAACGCCACAAAGCUACUUCUCACUCUGACUGCUCUUCUCCAUCGAAAACCCUAACACCUUUUCCCCUCUAUCUACAUUCCAUCUUUUUAUGCUGAUCUCCUGUGCCUCUCGAUCCUACCGGCGGUACCCUCCCGAUUUUACUCCGGCGCUAGGGUUACGACUUCGAUUUCUCUCCUUCAGGUUCGUGGAGGAUGGACGAUGACGUACGCAAGCCCGAGCAGGUCUUCCGCGACUUCAGAGGCCGCCGUUCCGGCAUCAUCAAGGCCCUCACUACCGAUGUCGAGAAGUUCUACGCGCAGUGUGAUCCAGAAAAAGAGAACCUAUGCCUUUAUGGUUUUCCAGAUGAGACUUGGGAAGUCAACUUGCCUGCUGAAGAAGUUCCUCCAGAGCUUCCAGAGCCUGCUUUAGGAAUCAAUUUUGCUAGGGAUGGGAUGGAAGAAAAUGAUUGGCUUGCGCUUGUUGCAGUCCACAGUGAUUCAUGGUUACUAGCUGUUGCUUUCUACUUCGCAGCACGCUUUGAAUUUAACAAAGAGACUAGGAUGCGGCUACACAGUAUGAUCAACAGUCUCCCUACUGUAUACGAAGUCGUAACCAGAACUGCCAAGCCAUCGCGAGAGAAGACUUCCAAUGGCAGCAUCAAGAGCAGCAAGUCUAGUUCCAAGAAGCUAAAGCUCGCAGAGUCUCAAAAACCCUCAAAGAUGCAGGUCCUCACAGAUCUAGACAGCAGAGAGGACGAAGAGGAGCACGAGAACACCCUAUGUGGUGCGUGCGGCGACAACUAUGCAGCCGAUGAGUUCUGGAUCUGUUGUGAUGUCUGUGAACAGUGGUUCCAUGGAAAAUGUGUUAGGAUAACACCUGCGAAGGCGGAGCAUAUCAAGCAAUACAAGUGCCCAGGUUGCAGCAGCAAGAGACCUAAAUAACGUAUGAAAAACUUGGAGCAAUGCAUGGAAUGAUGUAUCAGAGAUUCUCAGUCCGACAUCAAACAAGCCUUCUUUGAAGCCACACUAAGCAGGCAUGCACCAUUUAGUUGCCAGACUAACUUAGUUCAUGUUAGACUGUUGGAAUGUAGGAAGAAGAUGUUAGGUUGUAGACUUGUAGUACUGGAAUGUUGGAUUGUAGUAUUGAUGGAUUCAGGUUUCUUGUGGGUGAUCAAGCUGAUUUUUUCAAUUGAUUAAAACUUAACUGGCA